CCAUGUCCAAAAGGAUUUUUCCCUUGUACUGGUUACACUCAGGGGUUCAAGUCUUCAAUCGGAGACGCAGCUGCAAGAAGCUGUGGUCAGAAGGUUUUCUUCUCCUGUCAUGCUGGUAGCCAUUGGGUGUGCUGGUGGUUUGCAAAGGUAGUAGUGCUGAUGGAGAGCUCUCCUGAUUCAGCUGACGGGUAUAGGAGAGCCAGAAGGGCCGAAAGCAAAAGAAUGGGGCUGGGUGUGAAUGCAAGCCAGAGGUGACAUCCACGAUUCCUCAGACCUUUUAGAGAGGACCUUUUGUGUGAGCAAUUGACACUAAUUUACUGAGAAAUAGAAUGACUUGUUGAUUUGAUGGGUUUUUUUUAUCCAACACCUACUGACGCAAUACGAGACAGAAGAUUUAACACGUUAGCAUACCAGAAUGUCUGGAAUCUGAAGCGAUUCAAGAAAUGAAGGGACCGUUGGCCGGUUCCUUUUAUUCCUAGCCGGUUGCGUUUAUUUCUUUUACGGUACGUGAUCACAUUUACCCGUGCGACCCGCCACAAAGCCUGAACAGAAGUAUGUAUACCUGUCAUAUUUAGGGUUUUCAGUGUCGGAUAGGCUUGGCUUGGGUUUUUGAGUUCCACAUCAUGUGCGCUCAUUCCAUACAUCGCAAGAAACUGGCAUUCCACUUGCACUGACCGAGCUGGUUCUUGUUUUGUAGUCACAUAUGAGCCACAGACACAGUGUAAUUUGGCCUUAUGAGGCAACGAAGAGAGUGCAAAUCAGGGUGGGGGAUGGGAGUAGACUGUGUGUGCGUGUUUGCACGUGCGUGUAUGUGCAUGCGCGCAUGUGUGUUUGUGCCGGAGGGCUCUAGAGCCCCCUCACUGCAAUACACACACACACACUCACACACGCUUCCAUUUCUCAGAGAGGUUCAGCCAUGGUGCAGUACUCCCUUUGAACCGACGCUGAAUGCAACCUGCAGCUGUUAAUAUACAUAUCUCUUUUUUUUUUUUUAUUGGUUGUGUGUGGUGUGAGGUUAUUUUCUUACUUGUUUUUUUUUUUCUAGUAAAUGACCUUAAGUGAUUAAAUUAUUAUUGUUAUUAUUGUGUUUUCAAAUCCUGUCUCUCUCUCUCUCUCUCUCUCUCUCUCUCUCUCUCUCUCUCCAUCCCACAGCCAUGCAGUCAGUAGAAAGCACGUCCUCUCGGGUGUCGCCCGAUUGUCUAAACUUUGCCGAUGACGACUCGGAGGUGUUCCUGUCGGAGGAUGAGAGGUCCGAAGUCACCGGAGGUCACAGUAGAUCGGCCUUGUCCUCCUCUUCCUCGGGACUGGGAUGGAGCAGCUCAGAGAGCGAGCGAGAGAAGGAGAACAAGACGGUCGGAGGCACGCAGGGAGACCUGCAGUUUGCCCAGAAAUGUAUGGAGCUUCAGGGUUUCGUCCGGCCGCUUCUGGAACUUUUGAACGGACUCAAGAAAGGACGAUUUGAUAAAGGCCUAAGCAGUUUCCAGCAGAGUGUGGCCAUGGACCGAAUCCAGAGGAUCGUAGGAGUGCUGCAGAAGCCACACAUCGGGGAGAAGUAUUUGCCCACUCUGCUGCAGGUGGAGAUGAUGCUAAAGCUCUGGUUCCCGCAAGUGAGCCUUCAAGCUACAGGUACAAGUGCGUCAGGACAGCUUUCAGGACAGGGCCCAUCCAGCGGCAGCACACCUCCGCACAAGCAGAAAGACCAACUGCACAUUCCGGUUAAGAAGCGAAGGCUAAGUUGGUCAGACGCAGACUCUUCCCCUACUCCAACUCCUGUUCCAUGUAAGUGCUUCCACAUAAAAGGUCAGGAGAAAGAACAACAAAGCCGGGGUUUGUCCGUUAGCUCUGCGCCAGCAUCCCACAGCGUCGGCCAAUCCGAUAGCAGCGGUGAGGAAAAAUCAAGACCCGUCGGCCUCCGUUGCGCCGAGCCAGGCCUGACCUGGGUCCACGUCGCCCCGAUCCUUUCUCCACACAAGUCUUGUCCCUCCGUCCAUGUGCGAGGAGGUGAUGGCAAAGACAUCGGAAAUAGCCACUUUCUACUCGCAGCUCCUCCUCCCGCCAGCAGGAGCAGUCCAGCCAUGCAGGACAGCUCCAUCUCCUCGACUACACCCUGCUCCGAACCAGCGACGUACCAAAUCCAGCCAGAGAUGGUGACUCCGACCGCGCGGCGGAGUCAGUCUCCUCCAAUCACAGAGCAGCUUUCAAGCCUGUUACAAACUUAAUGUGUCCGAAACACAACACAGACAACAGACAGACUUUGUUUGGAAAGCUUUUUUUUUUUUUUUUUUUAUUCUUUUUUUUUUUUUUUUAUGAAUAUUUUUAUGAAUAUUUAGGCAGCUUAGCCUUUGCAAUGUUGUGCUUUGAAAAUGAUCAAACAGCAGUGGAGGCACAUAAACAUAAAUAUCAGCAGCAGUGUGACUUGCUGAUGCAGCAGAUGAAUGAGCGCGUGUGUGUGUGUGUGUUGUGCGCGUGUCCAUUUUUAGGAACUUGGCUGUAGGCAUGUGUCGAUAUUAAGUUACCUCAUAGCGAUUGGCCAACGUUUCAUCAUGGUGGACGGAAUCUUCAAAAUAUUCGAUAACAAUCGUUUUGUUAUUUAGAAAAAUAGCAGUGCAGUAGCAGUGUUUGUUUUUUAUUAUUAUUUUUUUUUUAUUUGGCCUUCAGUAAGAAGAUACACAGGACCAUGCUUGUCCUGUCUGUAAAACGUCCUUGUUUCAGAAGGGAAAUCGUUGGAGGGUAUGACUACAACUGCACAAAGUUUCCAAUGAAUGCAAAGAGUAGCACUAUUUACGAAAUGUUGGCCCAUGCGGGCUCAACUAACGAAUGAUUCUCCCGUAGAUAAGAUGUAGCGUAAACAUGCCAACAUCGCUGGAUAAACUUUUCCCUUUCACACUUGCAGCCUCUUGCCAUAGUUACUUAGGGUCCGGUGAGUACGUGCAUAAUGAGAAAAGCCCCAAAAUGUAAAGUUUCAUUUAACUGUAGCAGAAGCUGUUCAAAUCGAGAGGUGGCAUGCUAAUAAAAGGAUGUGUUUAGCGAGCAGGAUAUGGGGGGGGGAGGGACAGUCUGUAAAUUAUUCCCAUGGGAUUUUACCCAUUUGUGUCCUGUUCAUUCUCAUACAAGGAGACUCUAACUUGAUUGAUAGGUUUCACCUUCUAGACGUUAGUAUGUGUCUCCGGUAGCCGCCACUACAGUAGCUGAGCUCACGCUGUGUUUAAUGCAAGGGGUUCCCAAACUAACUACCGAAUAUCAAGAAUGGAUUUUGUGUGCUAAUAUUUUGAAAUGUUGUUAUUUGGAGUCGCAUCCAGACAAGGCACAUUUCAGUUACUAGGAUACAUGUUUUCUUUUCACUCUAAUGGCACACUGCAGUAGCAUAGUUUAGUAAUAAGAAUGGAGCAGUUUCCCGAGCACGCAACGUUAUCGAACGCUAACACUAGCGUUGUUAGUGCUUGAAGACGAAAAAACUCGCCUCGUCGCUUUCAAACGCACCAGUUUUGCCUACUGGGUUUUCAAAAAGUUUUUCAGGAUGUCCCUGUACGUUCUGGCAGGAGGGUGAAGAGUCCAUGAGAGGGGUCGUCUGUAAUACUGGUGGCUUUGUGGACGCAGUGGUUGUUGUAUGAGGUGUCGAUGGUCGCCGUAGGGUCUUAAUGAAAUUGCUGGAAAAGUUCUUGCUGGUUCUGAUAGAAAGGUUGUUGCAUUUGGGGCUGUAUUGCUGCUGAUUGGUCAGACCGGUCCACCACCGAAAGGCCCUACAAUGGGUACUCGAGCAUCAGAACUGGAGCACUGGAAGAAGGGGGCGUGGUCCGAUGAAUCAUGUGGAUGGCCGGGUGCGUGUACGUCGCUUGCUUGGGGAUGAGAUGGCACCAGAAUGCUCUAUGGGAAGAAGGCAAGCCGGUGGAGGCGGUUUGAUGCUCUGGGCAACAUUCUGCUGGGAAAUGUUGGGUCUUGUUGAUGUUACUUUGGCACGUACCAUCUACCUAAACAUUGUUGAAGACUAAGUACACCUCUUCAUGGCAACGAAUGGCAGAGCAAUUUGCAACAAUUACAAGGUUUAAUGUUCAUUCGGGGUUGGCGGGUCUGAAUUAGCAUUAGGACAAGUUGGUAGAAAGCCAGGACUAUGUUGAGCAGCAAGACCGCGUCAUCUUUACUUCACAAAGUAGAACACGCCCUCACUAAAUUUUUAAUUUUUUUGUUUUCCUCCAUAUGUCUCUUGCCAUGAAAGAGAAAAAUAGUUUUGAAUUUCUGUCCUCUCCGUUAAGGCUUUCUGUCUUGCCGGUUAAAAAUUCAGAUAAAAAAAUAGGUCAGUGGAAAUCCUACCGUUUCCGUCUGUACGUAAAAGAAACCCGGUUAUUAUCUACAGUAGACGUACUCCGAACUCGUAGUGAUGGACCGGAGGUGUUUCUCCUUUUUUGUUUUGUUUAUUUUUGUGAUCAUCGCCAUUUAUUGUACCAGUGAUAUUAAUGUAGCGAAAAAGACAUCACCUAAACUGGACCCAUGAGUCGGUCGAAUAGGUUUGUGCAAAAUAAAUAAAUAAAUAAAUAAAUAAAUAGUUCAAUAUGCAAACCGUGAGGAAGGAUUGUACAGUUUCAGGUAAUGGCUAAAGGACAAGUCAUCAAAACACAUGUGUAAGCUGGAUUAUUAUGAUUAUUAUGAUUAUUAUUAUUAUUAUUAUUAUUAUUAUUAUUAUGGUGAUGAUGAUGAAACUUAGGUGCAUUUGCACUUUGCACUUUGCAUUAGGUGAAAAGGGAGAAAAGAAAAGGGUUAGGCCAAGAGAUGGAAUAUGAAGCAAAUGUGCAAAAAGGAUUAAUAAGAAAUGAGAAAAGAUGAACAGAAUACAGUAAAAGCUGCAGUUAGAGAGGAAGGAAUUUAAGUGUCCUAAUAAGUGAAGGAAGGAAGAGUUGUGGUGUUACAGAAAGGGAUACGGCAAAGUCAUAUGCUGCAUUCAGUUAGAGGUUGUAAUUCCCAAUCUCCAACUGGGAAAAUACAAAGAAAACGCCCCCUCGACACAGAAUUCCUACUCGUGGCCUCGGGAUAGUCCUCUCAACUACAGGUUCCUCUGAGUUCAGGAAGUGACGACAUAAUCAAUGGCUGUGCACAGCAUCAGCAAUAAACAAAGUAGCACUUUUGGCCUCUAAAUGAAUUGUGGGGUGUGUAUGUGUGUGUGUGUGUGUGUGUGUGUGUGUGUGUAUCUCACUGUUUUGAGGUGGAAAAGAUACAUCACUCAUCACAGUAAGACAAAUAUGAGCCAUGCAUGGUUUUUCCCACUUUGUAGCUCGAACGCACGGAGGUUGAAGAUGACCGAGAUCAUUCCGAGCUUAGACUUCCCACUUCAGAGCUAGGUCGAAUGCAUGUCGAUGUUUGUUUAAAAAAAAAAAAAGUGCAAUAAGUAGAGGUAUAAUACAGUUCAGGAAACCCAAGAUCACUGGGGUGAAAGGUCAAGUCAGGGGAACCAGGAUCUGGAUUUCUCAAAGCAGUGCUUCAUGUUCUCCUUCAGCCAGCAGACCAAUAGCAAGUCUUCAGUGGUGUGGGAUCUUGAUUGUUGGUUUAGUGGCAUUUAGGGCUUGGAGAAGGCAAAAAAAAAAAAACAACAACAACAACC